UAAAUCUCCUGGUCCCGUUGGAUACCGUUGAUGAAAUUCUCGUGUAUUUAUUGAGUUCACUAAACGCCUCGAUAAUCAUGUUGAAAUAUAUUAUACUCUUCGCUACUGUGUUCUACAUGGUGCAGUCACAACGACCAUGGCAUGCUGGUACCGGUAAUCGUUUGCCUCAGGUUCUACCUCAAUAUAUUGACGAGCGAAUAGCGGCAGAACAAGCAAUUCAAGCAAGUCAAGCAGUUCAAGGAAAUCAAAUAAACCCAGCGGGUCAAGGAACUCAAGGAAUUCCAGUGGGUCAAGGGGUUCAAGGAAUUCCAGUGGGCCAAGGAGUUCAGGGAGUCCCAGUGGGCCAAGAAGCUCAAGGAAUUCCAGCAGGUCAAGGAACACAAGGAAUUCCAGUGGGCCAAGGGACCCAGGGAAUCCCAUUGGGCCAAGGGGCUCAAGGAGUCCCAGUGGGUCAAGGGACUCAAGGAAUUCCAAUAGGUCAAGGAGCUCAAGGAAUUCCAGUAGGCCAAGGAAUUCAAGAAAUUCCAGUGCGUCAAGGAUCUCAAGGAAUUCCAACGUAUCAAGGAGCUCAAGGAACGUAUCAAGGAGCUCAAGGAACGUAUCAAGGAACUCACAGUAGUACCGUUAACACGCUGCUUGGAAAUCGAAUAGGUGAAGACAGUGGCUUUGCAACUGCAGCUACACCGCCCCUAAGCACAACUAUAAAUCCAGCUGAUUUACCAGUCGAUGCUCACGGCGACAUUGACUUGAUAAAUAGGAUCAAGACCUGGCCGAGAGACAAACAACCUUUUUGGUACAUUAACUGGCAGGCGAUUCAAGCCCAUCGUGGCGACGUAAACAACACCGCCCAGCCAGCCCAAACGCAACCGAAUUCAAGAUCGUUUUUCGCGGGUUAAGACGUCGAAUGAAUUGUAAAUCGAACAACCAACAAGACUGUAAAUUUAAGCAUUUGUUUCUAAUAAUAGAAUAAGGACUCAAUCGUCGAUAUAUAUUUAUGACCGUAUGACGACAGCGGUUAUUCCUAGUCAAAACCGUCUCUUUGAAAAAAUAUACGAUUUCAUGUUUCGAAGAGUCAUCAAUCAGGAUUACUACAUCGAUCCGAGCCCUCAAGGAUAGAGGAUUCGGAGGCGAUCGAAACAAAUGUCACGUGAUUGUGCGAAUCACAUGACUUGCCUUCAUAAUAGAAUUAGUGAUCAAAUUUUUAUAUGAAAAAACAGAAAUGACGAUAUUAUGUGAAAGUUUAACCACAAAAUAAAUUUUAGUACUUCCAAAACAAAAAA